AUGAGGUCAAGAGUUGGCCAGCCCGACGUUUGGGCAGCUCUACUCUGCCUCUCGGCCUUCCUGGUCUGCUUGAUUUCGCCUGUCGCCUCUGUGAAGGAGCACGACUUCAAGAAGUGCGAUCAAUCGGGAUUCUGUAAACGAAACCGUGCCUACGCCGACAACGCUUCCGUCCAUGCCUCCACCUGGAGCUCUCCCUACGAUGUUGCUCCCGAAUCAGCCAAGUUCAAAGACGGCCAGUGGCACGCAGUAAUUGUCAAGACAAUCAACAACGGCGAAAAGGCUCGAUUUCCAAUCACCAUCUCCUUGCUCAAGAGUGGCGUAGCUCGCGUCUCGGUUGAUGAAGAGAAAAGACAAAAGAAGAACAUAGAGCUGCGACACAACAGCAAAGCCCGUAAAGAACGCUACAACGAGGCCGAAAAAUGGGUCAUCGUUGGCGGCCUCGACUUGGAUAAGAAGGCGCAAAUCGUCUUCCAGGACAAUUCCCAGGCCAACAUCGAAUAUGGUGGCGAUCGAAAAUUUGAAGUCGUCAUCAAGUUUUCUCCAUUGCAGGUCGAGUUUAAACGGGAUGACGAAACUCACAUCAAGUUCAAUGGCCGGGGUCUGCUCAACAUGGAGCACUGGCGGCCCAAGAUAGAAAACGACAAGACCGAAGAAGGGGAAAACAAAGCUGAACAAGACGUCAAGAAGGACGAAGGCGAUGAUGAAAGCACGUGGUGGGACGAGUCAUUUGGUGGCAACACAGACUCCAAACCUCGUGGACCAGAGAGCAUCGCCAUGGACAUCUCGUUUGUAGGAUACCAACAAGUUUUCGGUAUUCCUGAGCACACGGGAUCGAUUUCUCUCAAGCAGACUCGGGGUGGUGACGGCAACCACAACGAACCUUAUCGUCUGUAUAAUACCGACGUGUUUGAAUAUGUGCUCGACAGUCCCAUGACUUUAUACGGCGCCAUUCCGUUCAUGCAGGCUCACCGCAAGGAUUCCUCGGUGGGCGUGUUCUGGUUAAACGCUGCCGAGACGUGGGUUGACAUUGUGAAAGAAAGGGAUGCCAAAAAUCCCCUUAGCCUCGGGAAAGCCUCCCAGAGCACUCAUACUCACUGGAUGUCUGAAUCUGGCAUUCUCGACGCCUUUGUGUUUCUGGGUCCUACCCCGCGCGACCUUACCCAGAAGUACGGCGAGCUUACAGGUUAUACGGCAAUGCCUCAAGAGUUCUCCAUUGGCUAUCACCAAUGUCGGUGGAACUACAUAUCCGACGAUGAUGUCAAGGAAGUUGACCGACGAAUGGACAAACACAAGAUUCCAUACGAUGUCAUCUGGCUUGAUAUCGAGUAUACAGAAGAGAAGAAGUAUUUCACCUGGGACCCCCACUCAUUUCCUGACCCUGUCAGCAUGGGGAAACAGUUGGAUGCUCACGGCCGCAAGCUUGUCGUCAUUAUUGAUCCCCACAUCAAGAAGGUGGAUGAUUACUCCGUCAGCUCGGACAUGCUAUCUAGGGACCUGGCAGUUCACAACAAGGACGACGAGACAUUCGAGGGUUGGUGCUGGCCCGGUUCCUCCAACUGGAUUGAUUGCUUCAACCCCGAAGCCACCGAGUUGUGGAAAAGCUUAUUCAAGUACGAUUCCUUCAAGGGUACGCUGGAGAAUACGUUCCUCUGGAACGACAUGAAUGAGCCUUCCGUCUUCAAUGGCCCUGAAACCACCAUGCCCAAGGACAAUUUGCACUUUGGCAACUGGGAACACCGCGACGUCCACAACUUGUACGGCUUGACCUUCCAGAACGCAUCUUGGGAGGCCAUGGUCAGUCGUAAGAAAGGGGAGCGUCGCCGCCCCUUCAUUUUGACGCGUUCUUUCUACUCUGGCUCGCAACGACUGGGUGCAAUGUGGACUGGAGAUAAUCAGGCUGAUUGGUCACACCUCGCUGCCUCUAUUCCCAUGAUACUCAACCAAGGCAUCUCUGGAUAUCCUUUUGCCGGCGCCGAUGUUGGGGGCUUCUUUGGCAACCCUGAAAAGGAUUUGAUGGCGCGGUGGUACCAAGCUGGCAUCUUUUACCCGUUCAUGCGUGCCCAUGCCCACAUCGACUCUCGUCGCCGCGAACCUUAUAUGCUCGGCGAGCCGUACACCGAGAUCUUGACCAAGGCUCUUCGCCUCCGGUACUCCUUGCUGCCUUCUUGGUACACGGCCUUCUUCCACGCCAACAGAGACGGCAGCCCCAUCGUUCGACCGAUGCUCUGGACACACCCAUCAGAGGAGAGCGGCUUUGCCAUUGACGAUCAGCUGUUCUUGGGAACAACCGGUCUACUUGCGAAGCCAAUUGUCGAAAAGGACAAGUUUUCCGUCGAUAUCUGGAUUCCCGAUGACGAGGUCUACUUUGAUUACGUCACGUACGAAGUGAUGAAGACGCAAAAGGGCAAAACCGUGACGGUUGAAGCAGCGAUUGAUGCUGUGCCCCUGCUGAUGCGUGGCGGCCAUAUUUUUCCUCGCCGCGAUAUCCCUCGCCGAUCCAGCGCAGCCAUGCGAUACGACGACUACACAUUGGUCGUUACUGUUUCCAAAGAUGGCUCUGCCGAAGGCGAGCUGUACGCCGAUGACGGCGAUAGCUUUGACCAUGAAAACGGCCAAUACAUCUACCGCAAAUUCCACCUAGCCAACAACAUUCUCAAAUCUACCGAUGCCGAAGGUCGAGAUGCCAAGUGGGUCAAGGCGGGCACUUGGCUGAAGGCGAUGCGCCAAGUGCAUGUUGAUCGCAUCAUUGUUGUUGGCGCGCCGUCCAGCCUAAACCAGGAGGAGGUGCAAAUCAAGAGCGAGGGCCGCAAAUGGGCCGUCAAAGUCGACUACCACGCUGCCAAGGAGGGACGAGCAGCCUUUGCUGUUCUGGGCCGCGUUGGAGCCAGGAUCGGCGAGGACUGGAGCAUUACGCUGGCUUGA